CUCGCUUUUUCCAGACAUACGAAUGGCAUUGAGGCUGCGCAAUGUGGCAGAUUACAAGCCCCUGUGCCAUUGCCUCGAGGGCAAAAGGCUGUUGUGCAAGGACGAUGGUGACAGGAAGGCCCCGAAGCCGAAUGAGGCUCUCGUGGCCCUGCUGCUUAUUCGACUGCGACAGCUGCUUGAUCAGGUCGAAGAGAAAGCAAUCGACCUGUCAUCCACGUGUUGCGUGGAGCUGAGCAUUGGGAAAGCUCUCAACCUCGAGGCUCAGGGACGGAAGGCGAGCCAGGAAGGCAAGUGGGUGUCGGGAGAGGUGCGUUUCAAGACCGCUGGUGCGCUUCAAGACGAGAACCGAUCGUAAGACGUUCAAUUUGGCGUAAACCCGGCCCCUGCUUCGGUUUCUUGCGCUUUCAGGUGUGUCAACAUGCCACUCGUGUGGCGGUACGUGCAGGCUGCGAUUACGUGACUGUCGAGACACGCAUGUCCACCCAUAGAAUACCGUUGCUGCUUUCUUCGCAUUUCUGGCUUCAGGCUGCUGUGUGGCGGCUCGUCGUUGGAGCAGGCCACAGCGCUGAGCACCGCCGCGGCACCUGGAUUCACUGGAAACGAGGUGAACUGUCCAGCCUGCGCUGCCUUCUCAGUAGGGCUUGGCAACGGUGUCGAUUCGCCGAUGAGCCGCCGCCUCCCGAAAUGGCUGGUCAAUAUGACGGAUGAGCUGUCGAAAAGGACCUUCAGGUGACAUACCAUUUUGAUUCAAAACCAUUGAGCGUGCCGUCAUAUGAUCUGCCCUGGUCGUGGUUGUUAGGUUGGAGCUUUUCCUGCACCGCUUGAGACGCACCUCUGCACACGGUCUCAUCGAAAGCAGCGGCGACUUACCGGUGUACCGCAUCAACCACGUCAAGGUCAGGUUCUUACAAUAGGAGCGGAGUAUCUUACUUUACUUCUCUGCAGGCGAUGGCUCGAAAAGCCCUCCACUUCGUAAGACUCGUGUCCGAUGGCUACGGGAACGAGGAGCACAAAUGUUUGGACUUUGGCAUUCGACGCCACGUGUGAGCCACCCGAAAGUAUAACCCCAUUUCCGCACCUGUACAUACUGGUAGUGUAUAGAAUACAUGAAGAGUAGACCGGAAACCAUGUGUGGAAUCGGAAUUGAAUGAAGCCGCAUGAACAUAUAAUUCCCUAUUGCCACCACCACCACCAAACCCCUGCCUGACACCUGGUGCGUGACCGACGAGGGCGUGACUGUUGACAUCGUGAGCAAGCGCACACCAAACCGCACACCAAAACUUCUAGUUUUGCAAAUGCUUGUUUACCUAUCCAUGUAUUUGUACACGCAGGAGAAUUUCGAUAGCUUCGAGCUUAUAGAAAGAAUUGGCACUCAAGUAAUCGCCGUUGAAGACACGAAUGACUUGGGCGUCACAACUGUCCAGGUCGGCACCAGCGGAAUACAGUAAGCCGUCUGGGCUGUAAGAUUCACCGUCAUCUAUAUCGAGGGGGCAGGAGCUCAGCCAGUGAUGGAAACGGCGACAUGUGCAGUCGGCGUGGCAGGGUGAGGUGCCAUCACUUCGGUGUUUCCUGUCGUCCGAUGGUUUCCUUUCUGUGUUUUGAGAAAUGGAUGUCGACAACACCCUCUCGCUGUCUUUUUUUUUUUCCCUGAGCGGUCCGCCUGUCUGUCUGUCUGUCUGUCUGCACGAAAUGGUAAAGUGGGUGCAUGGUUCUGCUGACGUCUGCAUGACGUCGCGUUCUGACAUGCUCCAGAAACACGAGUGUCAUUUCCAGCGGGGGCCGGUGUCAGUUGCGUGUGCCCAUCCCGACGCAGCAAAGCAGAAAGGUAGAGGGAAGGGGAGAAAAUAACACGUGUCGAACAGCUCCUCGUCGUCAGCACGUCCACAUCACCAGGUCGUCGUCCAUCAUGGCCACCAUCUCCGCUCUUCACCGUCACAGAUGCACCACCAGCUCGAACCCCGACACUGAAGCGGUAUUGGCCGAGUGCAGCUUUUCUGUAGCUGAUUCCGAUGCGGUUCUGCUUGGACAGGUCAAGACGUCAUUGCCGUCACGUUGCGCGUCUUCCAGCAGAUCUUGAGGUGGCUCUUCCGAUCUCAAGCACGCUCCCACCCAUCAUUCACAAAGGCAGUCACAGAGGCAGUCACAGUCAGCGCAUCAGUGAGUAAAGCCAAUGGGCGCGGUGAGCGCUUCUUCUACGGAAGGGAAUGUCUCCCUACCAGCCUCACUGCCUCGCGUGUUGUGCUGUGCAUGGCAAAGCCUCACACACCGCACAGGUGCGAGGAGGCUUAGGA